AUGGUGGAUCUGUCUGGACUUGGCUGUGGGCUGAACAGUCUGUGGCAGCGCUUACUGGGCAACUUGCUGGCAUCCGCCGGAGCUACGCGCGCUGGGGUCGCUGGGAGCGUCGGGGUAUUCGUCACACCGUGGCCCGAUUGGACCUGGAUGGAGGCUGGCCGGCGGGCUCUCUAUAAUCACGAGCCCCUCCUCUGCGUCCGCCCAUGCUGA